AUGAAUUAAAAUAUUUUCGAGAGUGCUAACCAAAAAUAAGUAAUUGUUAUGUUAUUUAUUGAAUAAUAGUAACUUUAUAAAGCAUUAUCAAAAUAUAAUGGUCCAACAACUUCGACACCAAGUAUAUUGUCAGAAUAUUUAUCAUCUGCAAAAACAUAGACAUCAAAUAAUAAAAACAACUUUAAUAAAACAAAGCCUUUGUUAAGUCCAUAAAAUAUUACUAAGCCUAUUUAAAAUGAUUCAUUAAGAAUUAAGACUUCCACUCUUCACAUUACAUAAAAACAACAGGUUUCUCAUCAUAUUAAAAGUCUUUCCUCAGAUAUAAAAUAGCAACCAUAACCUCCUAUAAGAAGGAGAUUAAGAUAAGAAAGAAUGAUUUUUCAAUCAGAAACAUAACAAGCUCCAUUUUUGAUCAUUUAAAAUAAAGUAAGAGAUUCAAGAAGAAUGGAUACUUUUAGAAAGAGUACUUUACCUUCAUUGUAGUUAGAAUCACAAAGAAGUAUCUAAAAUACAUCUCCAAGAAUAACAGAUAUUCCUUUAGUGCCCAUUCAAUAAAUAACUGAAAUUCAUGAUUCAAAAAGCCAAUUAUUUUAAGAAGCAGAAAAAAUAUAAAUGGACUAAGUAAAUAAGCCAAAUGAAAUUGAAUUUGUAGAUGAAUGCAAAAAAUCAUCUGAGUUAUUCAAUCAUAUAAAAAGAUAGGUAAGUAUAACUGAACCAAAUAAUGUACCAGAAUCUCAUAAUACUAAUGAAUUUGAAUAAGAGAACUUACAUACUGAAAAAGAAGUUAAUUGGGAUGAAGAAGAAUUAUAAUCAUCAAAUGCUAUGAAAAAAUUAAGCGUUAAAAUGAAAUUCAAAAAUGCUGUUUCUCAAUAAGUGUAGAAUAUGUUUAAAAAUAGAGAGGUAAUAUUUUUAUUAAGGUAGUUAAAAUCCCUAUUUACUGUUAUCAUUUCACCUGAAUUUAGUUCAAAACAUGAAGAGGAAAGGUAAAAAAUUAGCCAUUAAUUUGAAUAAGGAAAUUUUAUAUUAGCAAAAAAUUUUUAAAAUAUGAAAGAUAAAUUUUAACCCAAAUAAACUAAUAAAUAUAUUAAAGAUAAAUAUAUUUUAAAACAUCAUCACAAAAUUAAUGCUGUAAUUUAAAAUUAAAUACAAAAAUUACAUACUACCAACAAAGCAUUCUAAAGAAAAAUAUAAAUGAUUAAGGAUACUUAAUGGACAACCAAAGAAUGCGAUUAACCAUAAUAAUAAUAAUUCUCAUUAUUGAAUAAAUUCAAAAAAUAAUCCAUCUUUUCCAACCAGAUUAAUUAAGCUUAAAUACUAUAGAGUAAUUUAGAAUAAAUUCUACCAAAUCUUAUGGAUGAUGCUAAUAAAAUUACCAUUACUAUUACUAAUACACUUUUGUAAAAUACAACUUUAGAAUUUAAUAAACCUAAAUUUAUUGUUCAUAUGGAUUCUAUUAUUGAUGAAUAAUUAAUUCAGCCAAUUACAUCACCUAAAAAAACAAUUCUGCAUUCAUCUUCUUUACAUUCCUCUUUUAAAUUACAAAAAAUUUAAAAUUCAGCUUCUUAAUCUGUUAUUAUCAAUAAAGAUCAUAUUUCAAAUCAUAAUAUUUAUAAUAGUAUUUAAAAUGCAAAUAUUAUUGAAGAUAAUAGCAAUUUAGAUUUUAAUUAAGAAUAUUCUAAAGUAAGUAUGCAAAUAUUAUAAUUAGUCAAAUUUAUAUGUGAGAUUAUAUUAUUAAAAUAGAUUACAUAAAAUGCCACAAAAGAUUUAAUAUACACAACAUCAUUUGAAAGAGAUUGAAGAGGGUUUUUACUAAUAUGUCUCUAUGAUAACUGGUUCUUAGAUGUAAAUCUUGUUUUUUGAUUUAGUUCUUUCUAAACUAGCCAUUUUACGAAAUAAGUUAAAAGCAUAGAGAUAUCAAAUUUAGUGUAGGAAUCAUAAAUUUAGCUUGAGAGAUAUGAUAUUGCUUAGAUAAGAAAAUAGUUCUCAUUUGAUUUUGAUAAUUCGAUUAGUUCUAUAAGUAGUUAAUCAGAUUAGAGUAAUUCAUUUGAUCAGAUUUUAGAAGAACCUAAUUAAAGUAAUUGAUUUCAUAAAAUUAGAUUAGGAUUGAAAGUUGAUGAUAGACAUGAGAGUAAGAUGAAAAAUAUAAUAUAAUCGAUGAAAAAUUUGAGUGAUGAUUCUGAAUCAUAAAUCUUUGUUGAGGAUGUUGUUAAAAAUUAAAAAUGUAUUUGAAAUAUCUUAAAAUUUAGAAGUUUCAACUGGAUUGUUAAAUACAAUAAAAAAAGUGAAAAAUAAAUUUCAUUGUCCAUUGAAUGGAUAGGCGAUAUUGAGUAUUUUAGAUUAAAGUACAAAGAAUGAUUUAUUAACAUUUUAAAUAAUGGAAUAAUCAGAAGAAUAGAUUUAAAAAUUAAUACAUGGAGAUUAAGACACAAAUGCAUUAACAAAUUUAGAUUAUUUUUAUACGUAAUAAUAAUUACGAAAGAUGAUAUAUCAUGGCAUAGAAAUGAGAUAUGAAGAUAUACUUAUUGGAAGAUAUUAAAGUUAAUCAAGAAUGAUUGAUGUCGAACAUUAUGAUUUGGUAUAAUCAUCAAUUCUUGAAGCACCUUAAUAACAUAUUUCUUCAUCUUAAUAGUCUCAAUAAUCUCAGUAAUCUUCAGAAUUCUUAUUGCUUCAAAAGUAAAAACUAAUAAGCCUCAAAAAUUAAGGGAAAAGUAGAAAUUUAUAAAGGGAUAGUUUAACAGUUCUUAUAAAGCCAAAGUUAUAUUCCAAGAAUACUAUAAAUUCACCUGAUGUAACUAAUGUUCAUAGUAAACCAACAUCAUAAUAUACAAACUAACUCACGUAUAAUAUUUUUACUUCAGCUUCAACAUAAUAUCUUACUAAACCCACUAAUUAGUCAUAAUAAUCUGUUAAAGUUUCAAGUGUUUAAAAUUUAGAAGAAAAUCUAUCACAUUUAGAAAUGAGUCCAUAAUCAUCAUUAAAAUCAAUAAAAUCUAAAUCAGCCAUUGAUUCCUCAAAUAUUAUAAGUUAAACAAAUCCUCCUAAAAUUAGAAAAAGUUAAAAUAUUAAAGAAUUAGAUAAAAUGACAAAAGAAAAAGCAAAUCAACAUAAAGAAUAAAUUGAAUUAAAAGAGGAAAUAAUUUAUUCAAAAAAAUAAAAAUCAUCUAAUAUUUCAUUAAUUUAAUAACCAAUUUUAGAAAAUAAAGUAUUUGUAUUUAUUUAAUUUAGACUUUAAGUAUGUUUUCUUAUUCUUUACGUAUGAGAAACUAGGCUCUUGGUCAUAGCAGAAGAUAAAACCUCGAUUAAUUCAAGAUAUUAGAAUAAUUAAUAUAUGAUAAUGAUUUCUAAGAAGUACUUUAAUAUAAAUAGAUAGUUUUAUGAACAUCUUUAAUAAGUUCCAUCAAUGUAUAUAGAUAGAAGAUUAGAAAACAAUGACACUUUAUUGACUUUAGCUUCUAAAAGUGGAUGCAAAGAAAUGAUAAAAGAACUUGUAAAGAAAGGAGCAGAUAUUAACAUUUAAAAUGUAUUUUUUUACUUAAGCAGGAUGAUGGAAACACAGCUGUCCAUCUAGCUCUUUCGUAUGGCCAUUAUAAAAUUGCAGACAUACUAAUUGGAGCCGGAGCCAACACUAAUAUUCUAAAUAAUAUUGGUAAAAAUGCUUGGAGUAUAUUAUGA